AUGUCGCAAAAACCACGAAAGCUCCAGCGCGUCUCUAAGGCCUGCGACUUCUGCAAUCGGCGCAGCAUUAAAUGCACCCGAGGCGAGGACCAGCUAGGCCGAUGUCAGAACUGUGCUGACUUUGAUGUCGCUUGUACUUUUGAUCGCCCGGCUAAGCGCCGUGGCGUUAAGGCUGGUACCCGGCUGAAUGCGCGAGAGUCAUCAGUCACCACACCUAUGCCUGAGAGUAUUCCCAUUGCCCGAGUCACACUUCCUGAUAGUGCUUCAAGAUCUUCGGUCUCCAGGAGCUCAACUUAUCCCGAGUCGGGCCACCGCCCCUCCCUGACCGGGGAUCCAUGGUCUUCAUUCAAUUCGGGAUGGUCGACGGCAGAGGGGUAUGACGAUGAUGGAGCACUUCGCAAUUCAUGGAAAGCAUUUGCUAUCGCGAGUGACAGACAAAUUCGAAAUCUUGUCCAAGUCUAUUUCGAAAUUGUCUAUCCAAUCUUCCCGUUAUUUCACAAACAAUCAUUUAUCGCGAGCAUCAACAACAAAGAGCAUCUCACAAACCAGGGACUCUUUGCAUCGACAAUGGCAGUCUGUUCAUUGGUAUCAGGCCGCGCCCGUGACGGCGCGUUGUACAGUAACAGGUGGCAUAGAGAAGAACUUCUCGAACCACCCUCCGAGGCAUUCUACGCGGCAGCUAAAGACGCCCUGCCGCGUGAUCUUGCAGCUGCAAAGGGGAUGAACUAUAUGCGAGCAUGUGCGAUCUUGGCAAUUGCCAGCAUUCAAAAUGGCCACAUAAAGAACAUGCAGAAAUAUUCCGGCAUUUAUCACACACUGACCAGCAUGGAGGGGUUUCAUGAUGAGAAGCUCUGGCCCAAGGACAUCAGUCCUAUUGAGACCGAAGAACGUCGAAGACUGUUUUGGUCUAUCUAUACCCUGGACAUAUACUCAUGCAUCGUGUGGGGAGGUGUCGUUCGAUACCGCGAGGCCCAUUCUCUUGUCCGAUACCCCGUCGAAAUGAACGAUGAAUUCAUCACCCAUGAAGGAUACAUGCCACCCGUAUCACCCAUGCCAACUGCACCUGGUCACGUAGACCCAACGGGCAGCUCGCGCCCGCCUGUGUCCUGGCUGCAUGGUUGGAAUUUCACAACUGACCUAUAUCGCAUUCUUGAGCACGUUGUCGAUGGCACAAGACGCCGCUUUUCAUCGGCCAAUGGAACCCAGGAAGUUUGGUCUCUGUUUAGUCCUGCGAACAUGUCCGAGCCAACUGUUAUGGAGCGAGUACUUUCCAUGUACGCUGCGCUCCCCCUGCAAUUCAGAGAAACACCGCCGACCACUGGCGAUGUUGGGAAAGAUCUCUUUGGAUUUCAAUCCGCCAAUAUUCAAGCAACGCUACAGCUUCUCCGAAUGGUCUUGCUGUCCGCAGAGGAAAUUGGCGUGGACCGGAAAUGUGACGUGGCGGGUGAACUGCUCAGCGUAUUUUCCAAGGUCCCCGUGGAGUAUCUAAAAGCCAUCAGCUCCCCUCUGCUUCAUCAUCUUGGUGGAAUCGGCUACAUUUUAGGCUCAGUCAUGGAAGGCAGUCUAUCCGACGCAUCUUACCAACGAGUUCGCACAUUACUACUUGAGAUGGCCGACCUUCUACAUCGCCUCGAAACCGGUCUUCACCGCGCAGCAGGUGCUAGUGAACGUUUGAGAUCACAAGUCGAUCGUAUAGACGGAUACAUGCGCAAUUCCCGCCUAGUUAACCUUCCAGUUGCCCCUCCGCCUCCGAAUGGCAGCGCCAUCCUGAUGAAUUUCAAACAGGAACCCGCUGUUCCACCCGCGCCGUACGCUCCUAGUGGGCCACCCAAUGCUGUCGGGUCAGCACCGGCUAUUGGAGACCAGAUGUUACAAUUUCAGCUUCCACCGGAACUGUUGUCGGACUGGCCAUGGCCUUUGGAUAAUUCGCAAUCUGAGGGGUUCUUGCCGCUGGCAUUUGAGUGA